CGAGUCACAAGCGCGUCCCUAUUCAUCCGCACCUAUAUAUUCCCCCAUCAUUCUUUGCCCUACUCGCCCACCCUUCUAUCUCUCUCUCCCAUUUUCCCCAAAUCUCUACAUCACAAGUUGAGAGAUGGAGACCUUCCUAUUCACAUCUGAGUCUGUCAACGAGGGACACCCCGACAAACUUUGCGACCAAGUCUCAGAUGCCAUCCUCGACGCAUGCCUAGAACAAGACCCCGAGAGCAAAGUCGCCUGCGAAACAUGCACCAAAACCAACAUGGUCAUGGUCUUCGGUGAGAUCACCACCAAGGCUACCGUAGACUACGAGAAAAUCGUCCGUGACACGUGCAGGAACAUCGGGUUUACCUCUGCUGAUGUUGGUCUCGAUGCUGACAAAUGCAAUGUGCUAGUCAAUAUCGAGCAACAAAGCCCAGAUAUCGCCCAGGGUGUUCACGGUCAUUUAACCAAGAAACCCGAAGAAAUCGGUGCCGGUGACCAAGGUCACAUGUUCGGGUACGCAACCGACGAAACCCCUGAGCUUAUGCCGUUAACCCACGUCCUCGCAACCAAGCUCGGUGCCAAGCUAACCGAAGUCCGAAAAAACAAGACCUGCCCAUGGCUCAGACCCGACGGCAAGACCCAAGUGACUGUCGAGUAUCAAAACGACAACGGUGCGAUGGUCCCCACGCGGGUUCACACCGUUCUCAUUUCCACCCAACACGACGAAACCGUGACUAACGAGCAGAUCGCUGCUGAUCUCAAAGAACAUGUGAUCAAGCCAGUUAUCCCAGCCCAAUACCUUGAUGAAAACACCAUCUUUCAUCUUAACCCAUCUGGCCGUUUCGUGAUCGGUGGUCCCCACGGAGACGCGGGUCUGACCGGUAGAAAGAUCAUCAUCGACACCUAUGGUGGUUGGGGUGCACACGGUGGUGGUGCUUUCUCCGGAAAAGACCCAACCAAAGUCGACCGAAGUGGUGCGUAUAUUGUUAGGCAAGCGGCUAAGAGUGUUGUCGCGUCUGGGCUCGCACGCAGGUGCAUUGUUCAAGUUUCCUACGCCAUUGGUGUGGCUGAACCGUUAUCUGUGUUUGUUGACACGUAUAAAACUGGAACAAUCCCGGAUAGGGAUAUCCUUGCUUUGAUCAAGGAAAACUUCGACUUCAGGCCGGGUAUGAUGGCCAUCAAUCUUGACCUUAAACGGGGCGGGAACUAUAGGUACCAGAAAACCGCGGCUUACGGGCAUUUUGGUCGGGAAGAUCCCGAUUUCACAUGGGAGACACCAAAGGUUUUGAAACCGAAAGCUUGAAUAUAGCAAGGUUAUUAAAGAGAUUGAUUGUUUUGGGGAAUAAAGGAGGUUCAUUGGUGAGGGGUUUAAUGUUGUGUUUACUAUUGUUUGUGUUUGUGUUUGGUUGUUGGGAAGCAUUUAGUAUUGUAUAAUUUUUUUUUUUUUUUUUUUUUUGCAUAAUCAAUUUAUUUAAUGUAAUCUUUGAACUAGUUUUUAAUUAGAGUAAAUUACGUUUUUGGCCCC